AUAAGCAGUCAUUUUCACGAUGCAACCCGUUCAUCACAAAAAAUGGACUUGCCCAAAAUAGUUGUUUUGGAAGUAGAUUUCUAAGAAAAGUAAUCGAGCGCUUUAGCCUACUUCACUGUGAAGAAUUGACUCGAGUUAAAGAAAACAUUUCACUUCGCUUGCUUGUUUUUGUUGAACAUUUACGACACGUUAGUUGCACUUAGUUGAAAACUCGGACACAGUUCUUAUUCUGGUGAUUUCAUAUGCACAGCACCACGUGAGUUGAACAAAUCCUAAAUCAAGUCACUUGACAGAGCUCAUGGCCCUUGUAUGGCGGAAAUUGUUGUCCACUGUAAACACACAGCCACUUAACUCUUCACUGUUUCUUUAUGGACACCCAUUAGUUCGGUGCUGCUCCAGCUAUGUCUCUCAGAUGCGCUUCCUGACUGUUCUGAAAGAGGAUGAUGAUGCCUGCAGUAAAGCACAGGCUUCAGGGAAAUUCUUACUGUUCCAUAAUCUUUCACCACUCCUUCAGAAGGAGGGACAUGAAGGAUAUUCUGCACCUUUGUUUGCGGCUGCAGAUGUUAAAGGCAUUCUGGGAAAGCUGGGCCAGAGUGACAAUAUUUUGGAGACAUCGGUGUUGAUUGGGUGUUCACAGGACAGUGAGACGCAGUUUGCUCUGGACCUUGGGAUAUUAGAGAUGAAUGACUUGGACCACCAUUUCCAUGGAACCUUUGUUGAACUAAGGAAAGCAUUCUUUCUUUUGAGGAGACAGGAUAUCCCUCUAGUGUUUCGGAGCCAAGCCCUGCUUCGAUGGCACCAAACACAUCAAUACUGUAGCCAAAGUGGCAAGCCAACAGAGCGCAACCGGGCAGGUAGCCAGAGAAUCUGCAAGUCCAAUGGAAAUAUCUAUUAUCCACAGAUGGCUCCAGUUGUAAUCAGCCUUGUUUCAGAUGGAACUCGUUGCCUUCUAGCACGACAGAAGUCGUUUCCCAAAGGGAUGUAUAGCGCUCUUGCCGGAUUCUGUGAUAUUGGCGAGACUGUAGAGGAGACUGUACGAAGAGAAGUGGCAGAAGAAGUUGGGUUGGAGAUUGAAUCUCUUUGGUACACUGGAUCCCAGCACUGGCCCUUUCCAAACAGCUCUCUGAUGAUAGCGUGCCAUGCAACCGUUAGUGCAGAAAAGUCACAGAUCACAGUUAAUGAUCAAGAGCUGGAAGAUGCACGUUGGUUUACUGCUGAUGAGAUCAAGAGAGCCCUUGAACGAAAAAAACUUCCUCGUGAACAAGAAGCUGGAAUCAUACCAUUUUGGGUGCCACCACGUACAGCCAUUGCCAAUCAGCUUAUCCAAGAAUGGAUCAAUAAACAGUCCAAAUAGUCCUGUUCUAAUGAUGAUGCUUGUCAGCUCAUGUAGUUCAUCAGAAAUGCAUGUUAGAGGUGCUCAAAAUAUUUGGGAAGCCACAAAUAAGAAAAAGGUUUCCCUGUAGAACAAAGUAAGCUUUUUAAAUCAUUUUGUCUUCCAGGUGUUUUGAAAUAAUCAAGAUGUUGUACUAUAAAAUAGUAUUGAUUAUUUAAAAUUUAGAGGAUUGAAUUAUUUUUGAAAUGGAGAAUAUGGAUAGUCCAUAAAUGACAUACCAAUACGUGAUAGAUGAUUAUAUUAAAUGGUAAUACAUAUUAAAAUAAAUAACAUUUAGGUCUUUAUGUAUGAAAUAGGCCCUCAUUUUAACAGCAAUGUCUGUGUCAAUACACCAAAUUAUUUUGUAUUCACCUCUUUGUAUAAAAAGACAUAUUUUCCUUUACUUUGCCCCUGACAGAAAACAUUCAGCAUCCAAAGUUAUUUUGUGUACCUUAUUAUUGCACCUGUGACCUUUUCUUGUUGUUGUAAUAUUCGGGCAUACAUUUAUUCAUUCUGAAACUUGUUUUAUAUAGUUUAUGACCACAGUUGACAGCAGUAACCACAAACCAGAAAGUGGGCUCGCACUCGCACUAACUUAAUUUGAAAUCUCCAGUUAAUCUAACUUGCAUGCUUUUGGAGACAUGUACCCAGAAGAAACCCUCCCAGAAAUGGGGAGAACUUGAAUACACGACACAGACAGCAACUAGAUAUGGGAGUUGAAGCCAAGACACUGAACCAUGAGACAGCAGCACCAACCACUGUGCCAUGGUGCUGCUAUAACCUUUGUAGGUUAAAUGUUGGCAGAAGUUUUUUUUUUUUUACUGUUAAUUCAGAUUUUCUGCUGCUUAUAUUUUGAAAUUCAGUCAGUCAGUCAUUUUCCAACCUGCUAUAUCCUAACACAGGGUCACGGGGGUCUGCUGGAGCCAA